CGAAGAAGAAGAAGAAGUUUACAGCAGUGGGCGUGGCUUGUGUUCUAAUCACGUCACUAGUGGACAGUCCACACACAGCAUGAUGGCGGCAGCAGCGGUAGCGGCGGAGCGGGGCGGAGGAACUGGAGGAACCGGAGCACCGGGAGGACCGUCUCCUGCUGGAGCCUCUGCCCGGGCCGAAGGCUCCUCUCCCCGGCCUGGCUCUGCGGGUUUCUCGGUGCUGGUGGUGGUCGGGUCUCUGCGGGCCAACGGGCUUCUGGAGCGGCUGCUGAAGCAGAUAGAGACCGGUGUUCGCUGCUGGCCUGUUUCUCUGGAUGUUUCUGUUCUGGAUCAGCAGCUGAAGCUCUUUGUGUCGAGACAUUCGGCCUUCCUGUCCCAGGACGUCCCAGGUCAGAGGACUCUGCAGCAUCAUGGAGACGUUUUGGACACCCAGGUUGUUGUGAAUCCGGCUCAGGACUUCGUCUGCUCCGAGGUCCGGAGGCUGGUUCUGGACCCGUCCCGUCACAAGCUGCUGGUUCUGGCGGGUCAGUGUGAGGAGGCGUCCGGAGACAUCGUGCUGCAGAAAGGACGCUUCUCCUUCAGAGACUUCCUGCACAUCUUCACAGAGGAAGAGGUGGUGAAGGUGUUGGGUUCUGCAGACCCCGCUCUAAAGGCCCAUCUGACCCUCAGUUGUCCGGACCUGGGUCUCUGGUCCCACCCGGCUCUGGACCCCCUGCAGGACCUCCUGACGGUGCAGGUGAACCCCCCGCCGGUGCUCCCACAGAUGGAGGGUCUGCAGGAGUUCCUGGAGUACUUGUCCGAAUCUCUGGAGCCCGAAUCGCCCUUUGAGCUCCUGGAGCCUCCGAGCACCGUUGGUUUCCUGAAGCUUUCGAGGCCCUGCUGCUACGUUUUCCCCGGCGGACGAGGGGGAUCCGCGUUCUUCGCCGUGAACGGGUUUAACGUGCUGGUGAACGGCGGCUCUGACACCCGGUCCUGCUUCUGGAAACUCGUUCGGCACCUUGAUCGGAUCGACUCGGUGCUGCUGACCCACGUCGGAGUGGACAACCUGCCCGGCGUGAUCAGUUUGCUGCAGAGGAAGGUGGCCGAGCAAGAGGAAGAAGGAGCUGGAUCCCAGACUGAAGAGGACUGGAUGAAGAACCUCAUCUCCCCAGAGAUAGGGGUCGUCUUCCUGAACGCCCCCGACAGACUGAAGGCUUUACAGGUGGAUCCGGCGGAGAUGAAGAGCUGCGAUCAGGCGGCGCUCGCUCUGCAGCUUUUAGAAAGCCUCUCAAUCAAACCCGAGCCUCUGAGCCGGUCUAACGGACCCAGCAUCGAGCCGCUGAUCCUGUUCCAGAAGAUGGGGGUGGGCCGUCUGGAGCUGUACCCUCUGAACCCCAUGAGUAAAACCCUGGAAGUCCUGAUGCAGAACUGGCCGAACGGCGGGUCGAAUGCACCGUCUGAAGAACUUCCGAUAAGUUGCCUCGCCUCAAUCUGCGCUCUGUUGGUCUGGCACCCAUCGAGUCCUCAGGAGAAGAUCAUCAGGGUCCUUUUCCCGGGCUGCACCCCGCAGAACCGGAUCCUGGAGGGACUUGAUAAACUCAAACAUCUGGAAUUCCUCAAACAUCCCGUCGUGUGUUUGAAGGACCUAGAAAGUCUGAAAAGGGAGAAACCACCAAAGCGAACGGAGAGUCGGGAGAGUCUGAAGUCCCAGACCCGGGAGGUCCGACCCAGCAGUGCCUUACCGAAAGACAAGAGAGUGGAUCUCAAGAAACAGGACGUGAAGACGAAGCCGAAGACAGCAAGUGAAGCCGGACCGAAAGACAGGAAGGAUGGGGAGGAGAAGCCAAAAGUAAAGGAGGUAGACUCUAAAGCAAAACCUCCGAAACCUGCUGAGAAGCUGGUUCCAAAGAAAGAGGGGUCAAAGGAAGACAAGAAGGACGUGAAGAAGAAGGACGAGAAGGUGUCUGUGAAGAAAGAAGAGAACGCAGAGAAGAAGAAAGAAACCGUGAAGAAGGAAACGAUAAGUAUUAAACCAAAGAAAGAUCUCAAGCCGGAACCAAAAAAAGAUGGCAAGAAGGACGUGAAGACGGAGGAGAAGAAACCAUCAAAACCAGCUUCUAAAGACGUGAAGAAACCACCAUCGUCCACAGGAAGUACCGACGUGAAGAAACCACCAUCGUCCACAGGAAGUACAGACGUGAAGAAGCCACCCUCGUCCACAGGAAGUACCGACGUGAAGAAACCACCAUUGUCCACAGGAAGUACCGACGUGAAGAAACCACCAUCGUCCACAGGAAGUACCGACGUGAAGAAACCACCAUCGUCCACAGGAAGUACCGACGUGAAGAAACCACCAUCGUCCACAGGAAGUACCGACGUGAAGAAACCACCAUCGUCCACAGGAAGUACCGACGUGAAGAAAGCACCGGGCAAGUUUGGCUCUCUCAAGAAAGACGGGACCCUCCCAAAGAAAGACUCGACGAAUAAAGGGACCAAAGGUAAACCAGGCUCAAAGGAACCAGAAGUCCAGAAGGAGGCGGAUCGCUCGAAGGUCUCGACACCCGAGGACAUGACGGCCGAGUUUGAGAAUCUUCGGCUGGAAAACGACAACGGGAACAACUCGCAGGUCAACGGGAACUCUGUGGAGAGUCCGGAGAAGUUUCGCUGCUCAGAACCUGUAGGAUCCGAUCUGACCCUCGAGGAGUUGAACCAGGACCCUCGAGGAUGUGUUCUGGAGAACUCUGCGUCCUCUCAGGAUAAACAGUCCAGCCUCCUGACGCUCAGUCCUUUCAGAGACUCGUCCACCACCAUCACCUCCAUGCCGGCAGAACUGGGAUCCCCUCAGUCCACAGAGGUAGAUGAAUCCCUGUCGGUGUCUCUGGAGCAAGCCCCCGCUGAGAUCCGGGGAAACGUCUACUCUAACGGACACGACUCCAACACCGCGGACCACGUCCACGGCAUGUCGGAGCUGAUUUUAGACGUGCCUCACGACGUUGACUUGUGCCUGGUGUCACCCUGUGAGUUCCAGCACCAACAUGUGGGUCCCUCAACGUCUCCAGACCUCUCCAACAACAACAACAACAACAACAACGUCUCUCGGGAUCACAGCAGCAGCAGCACGUCAGCGUUCAGCCAAGAAACCCCGCCCACUUCUGUGAGCGAAUCCCUCCCAAACGCCUCGGAUUCAGACGUCCCUCCGUGUACCGACGACUGCCCGUCCAUCACAGCUGAUUCUGAAGAUGAAUUCCCUCCAAGUCCUCUUCCCUCAAAUCGUCACGACCCUCCUCCAGCCCCCGUCAAAGAUCUACCCCCGUUGCCCCCGCAGCCUGGAGCAUGCAUGGCCGAUUCGGAGGCGAACAAGAAGAGUUUGGUGGGUAAAACCAGGAAGACGGCAGGAUCUGUGCAGAGGCCGGGAUCUGGAGGAAGCGUGACGCAGAGCGGGAGGGCGAAGGCGGUCGGAUCGUCGACGCUGAAGACCACAAGCAGUCUGGAUACCAAGCCGUCAACAAGGAACAUUCUGGGAGGAUCCAGGAUAGGAGCGGCGAAACCCCCGUCCUCAG